CGGCGAGCGGCGCCUAGUCGGCCGUGUAUUUGGUAUACCGACGGCUGCUCCAGAUCGUUGUUCGCCGCUGCUCUGCUUCCCGGUGCGAGCCAGUUCAGCUCAGCCCUCUCAACGUCGCCCGUUGGUACGCGUCGCGUCAUUCGGAGUACGCGUCGGCAAGCAGGCGCCACACGCUUACGCUUCAUUCGCGCGCUCACGCACGCACGCAUAUCGCGAGAAGAGUUCGGGGAGCCUCUCUCUCCCGGUGCGUUGGUAACCUCUCGUCUUCCUCGACGACACUCCUCGCCUGUAGGCUAGGCAGCGGAGCGGGUUAGUUCUGGUCAAGAUGGCCGAGAAGAGCGGCUCGCCGGCCGCGGCCGAGGAACAGCAGCAGCAACAGCCGCAGCAGCAGCAGCAACAGUCGUCGCAAUUUCUCUCGAGCUUCAUCGGCGAGAUCGUCAAGAGUCCGGUGAACCUCGCCCUCGUGGGCGUGAUCGCCAUCCUGGUGUACAAGAUCAUCAAGAGCCGCACGCGGACCGAGGAGCCUGUGCCGGAGGUGAAGAAGCUACCGAAGCUGCGCCGGGACUUUGCGAUCGAGGAGCUGACCAAGUACGACGGCAAGGGUCCAGACGGCCGGAUACUCGUCGCCGUCAACGGCAGCGUCUACGACGUCACCAGAGGCGCCAAGUUCUACGGCCCUGGUGGACCGUACGAAUCGUUCGGCGGUCGCGAUGCCAGUAGGGCGCUCGCAAAAUUCGCGGUAGACGCUGCAACGGACAAGUACGACGACUUGAGCGACCUGAACACCACAGAGAUGAAUUCUGUUAAGGAAUGGGAAGAACAAUUCAAAGAGAGAUACGAUUACGUCGGAAAGUUGUUAAAGCCUGGUGAAGCACCGACAAAUUAUUCCGAUGAGGAGGACGAAGGUAGCCAACAGGAGACUGAGACGAAGUCGGAUGAAACGGAGAAAAAGACGGAUCAAAACGUGACCGACGCAAAGUCAAAGAGCGAUUGACCGCAUGAUCGUACACCAGGGGCGGAACUGUUUCAGGAGCACACCACGCACACUACGCUGUUGUUACAGAAAUCUUUGAAAUUGUCGCUCAUGAAUAUAUUUCUGGACGUUCGGCCGAAUAUUUUAUUACUUCGUAACGAUAACCGGAUAAAGAGGCGAAAUGCCGGCUUUUAAUCUCGCGUUGGAAGUACAUAAAAUAACUUUUUCCGAAAAAAAAAGAAACAAAGCUGGGUGACUGUACACUGCGAAGACUUUGUUUGAGCGUUCCGACCAAUCUGGUACGGAACUCUCGUCUUUUAAUGUUUUUAUAUAUGUACAAAACAUUUUCUACCGAAACACGCUGAGCCGAAUCAAUGGCAAGUAAAAACGUACAUAUUCCAUUGUAGAUUCUCGUUGAAUUACUCGUAUUUCGCUGUACACAUGGGGAACGGUACGUGCGCUUGUAUUCCGCGCGAAUAUAGCGAAUACGAUAAAACCGACAUUGCAUUUGGAGUUUAGUUUUAAGUCCGCUCUGUGGCAUUGAGUCAAUUCAUGCGUUCAUGCAAUUUUCGCGAUUAAAAUGGAGCUACUACACCACCGAAUUUUGAGGGAGGAAGAUCACAAAGACAUACAUUUUAAAGUAACACACUCGCGAUGUUAAUCCGAUUGGCGCUAAUUCCGAGAAAGCGUUAAAUGGCUUAUAUUUACGUUAUAUUUUUAAUACGCAAUCAUAUCAAAGGUGAUUAAAUUAUGGAAGAUUGUGGUACACCGAUUUUAGAGCUUUCUCUAACUUGCGUCGAGACACUUGCGUUUCCCGCGUAAAAGUUUUAAUUGCCGGAGCAGUAUCAGAAAACCGGAGUAUAAGGCCUGGUCUACAAUAGCUAGAGUAAGCAUGGAGUAAGAAGUAAGACUAGGCGUAAAAGGAUUAAUCCAGUAUAAGAAAGUUGGCGUAAGGGCGUAAGCGAAAUAAAUUAUUUUCAUUUUGUCUUACUCCUACUCCUGCUUUUCUUAACGCUCGGUUAAUCACAGCGCAAAAAGAAAUUACCUUACUCUUAUUUCUUACUCCAUAGUUACUCCAACUAUUGUACACCAGGUCUAAAUGCGUGCGCGUCUCCAACGGUUUAUUUUACACGCAUGAAAGUAACAAGAUAGAUGUAUGGAACUUCUAUGGUGCAUUUUAGCAUUGUAAAAUUUCAUCGCAACAGAACACAAUAGGAUGUUACAUUUGCAAAUAUUCGCGUACUUCCGCGUAGCGUCGUUACCUUGACGCUACAAUGCAUCAAUUUUAUUAAUGCUGUUUAAUGGCUUUACUCACCAAUAAAAUAUGGUUUUGGUAAAUAGUUACAUACGUGAAAAUAAGUUUACAAAUAAAGAAUAAUAUUAGAGUUACGUUAUAUAUAAAAAAAAAAAAUAUAUAUAUAUACAUAUAUAUUUCUACAUACACGUGAAGAGUUUGCAUGCACUUCUUAAAUAAUUUAAAACUACGUCAAUGUAAGUUGAAUUGUAUUUUACGUCUUGUUGGCAUUUAAAGUGGCAAGGAAAUUAUUUAUUGUGUACCACGCGUCGUGCUAGUUACUUGAAAAAUGGUGUAUAUAACUUUUCAUGGCUAGAUAGUAAUACUGAUUGUGGCAAAUAAAGUUUUAUUAUUGUUUAUAUUAAUAAAACUGCGAGAAAGAGUGCACAUUCAGUUAUGAUCGUCGUAAUGUACACGAAUAAUAUAUAUAUAUAUACUUUUA